AUGGCGCGCGGACACCAGAAGAUCCAAUCGCAGCAGAAAGCGCAAGAAAAGGCCGCCAAGAUGAAGAAACAGCAAGGCCAUGGUUUGAGCGAUCAGAUGAAGGCGGCCCAGAAAGCGCUCGUGUUCUCCUGUGCGGUCUGCAAAUCACAGAUGCCUGAUCCGAAAACGUACAAGCAACACUUUGAAAACAAGCAUCCCAAAAACGAUCUCCCUGCGGACCUGAAAGAUGUCUAA